AUGAGUUUCAAUAAGUUCUAUGGAGAAAUCUCAACAAACUGGGGAAGUUGCAUGCGUAUAAGUGAUCUAAGAAUUGCUGGAAAUAACAUCACUGGUAGCUUGCCUCCUGAGAUUGGAAACGCAACUCAACUAGGUGCAAUUGAUCUUUCCUUCAAUGGUUUAAUCGAUGCGAUUCCGAGAGAAUUUGGAAAUUUGACUUCUUUGGUGAAUUUGAAUCUAAGCAAGAACCAGCUUUUUGGCAAAAUAAGUCCAAAGAUUGUGUUGCUACCUGGUCUUCAAAAAUUGGAUUUGUCAAGGAAUAGAUUGAGCAUGUCUAUCCCGCAAACUAUUAGGCUUUCUUCAAAAUUAAUCCACUUGGAUUGCAUCAACAACCAAUUGAGGCAAGACAUUCCAAGGCAAUUAGGGAUGCUAACUCAUUUAUCCGAGCUAGACUUGAGUCGUAACUUGUUAAGCGAUGAGAUCUCAGCACAAUUCAACAAGCUGGAAAACCUAGCGAAAAUCAACCUUUCACACAAUAAUCUUUCUGGCCUUAUAUACGAGACUUUCAAGGAUAUGCAAGGUUUGAUGGAGGUGGACAUCUCUCACAACAAGUUUGAGGGUCUCAUCCCCAACACCACAGCAUUCCAAAAUGAAACAAAAGAAGCGUUUGAAGGCAACAACGGAUUGUGUGGAAAUAUUGGAGGACUGGAGCCAUAUAUUUCUAGUAACAACAUUCUGCUUGAUUCCGAGUACAAGGCGCAUGUUUUUGAUUUUGGCACGGCUAAGCUUCUUAAGUUGGAUACAUCAAACUGGAUUGCAGUCAUCAGCACUUAUGGUUAUGUAGCUCCAGAGAUUGCUUACACAAUAAAGGUGAUGGAGAAAUGUGAUGUGUAUAGCUUCGGAAUGGUGGCCAUCGAGGUGAUCAGAGGAAGAUAUCCAGGUGUUAGCAUUUCAUCUCUAUUAGCUCCAGUCGGCAUGGAGAUCUCAGUUGCUUUUAGGAAUAUAUUGGAUUCACGCCUGCCAACGCCCACGUCAGGCAUUGAGGAUAAACUUGCUGACCAUCUUCAAGCUUGCAGUCGCUUGCUUAUCUACUAA